AUGGCCAUCAAAUACCUUAUUCUGCUCUCACGGCAGGGCAAAGUUCGCCUUGCGAAAUGGUUCACCACCCUCGCCCCCAAGGACAAAGCGAAGAUCGUGAAAGACGUCUCACAACUCGUACUUGCUCGACGAACUCGGAUGUGUAACUUUCUGGAAUAUAAAGAUACCAAGAUCGUCUACCGCCGAUAUGCAUCACUCUUCUUCAUUGCUGGCUGCGACUCCACCGACAACGAGCUCAUCACCCUGGAGAUCGUCCAUCGAUAUGUCGAGCAAAUGGACAAAUACUACGGCAACGUGUGCGAGCUGGACAUCAUCUUCAAUUUCCAAAAGGCCUACUUCAUCCUCGACGAGCUGCUCCUUGCCGGAGAAUUACAGGAGAGCAGUAAGAAGAACGUGCUUAGGUGUAUAGGACAACAGGACAGCCUCGAGGAUAUGGAAGCCGAGGACGACAUCGUCACCAAGAUCAUGUAG